AUGCCCCUAAGAAUUAAAAUCAUUCCAGAAUUACAAUAGAUAAAGCUUGAAGUAAAGGAAAAUGGAUCUGUUCAUCUUAUGGAUAUUUAAAUGAAAUUGGAUUAAUAAAAUGAGGAUGCUGAUUUAUAAUCAGUGUCUCUAUUAUUAAAAUAAAGCAAACAGAUCAACCACCCCCCAGUUCAAGUUCAAAAGCACCCUGCUUGUUCCUUUAAAAAAAUUGAUACACAACCAAAAUGUGAUGAGAUUGAUUGGGAAGAUGAUCAAUAGUUCUAAAAGAGAGUUAAAUGA